AAUUUAUGAAGUGAAUUAUAUGUUAUAUGUAUCUGUACUCAAAAUAGUACAUGUAUAGUAUAAUUUUUCGUUGUGUUGUAUAGUAAACGAAAUAUUUUUGAAGAAUUGUACUUGUUAGAAAUCAUAUACAUAUACAUACAUGAUAAAAUAAAUAUACAUAACAGAGAAUGAAGUACGCGGAUAAGAAUGGCUGAAAUGUGACUCUCGUGCGCAUGCACAACUUUUACAGCAGAACUUUUCUCAUGAUGUUCCAUGAGAAAGAAACAUCUGUUAAAUUUCUUUCUCAUGUUGAAUCGAUUACUUAAUUGCCAAACACAUUUCGACGAUACAGUGUAAAUUGCAAGUGUGCCGAUAUAAAAGCCGUACUCUAUUGUUUUGUAUUAUAAACUAAAUUAUGGAAAAUAGCUUCAAUUGUGCAAUUUUAAAAUUAAUGCUAGAGAAGAGGAAAUAUUGAACAAACUGAAUGUGGUGGGGAUGAUAGGGGAUCUUCGUCCACACUACAUCCCCGUCAGAACUAUUUCAGAGCUAGUAAAGAAAUGAUCAAUAUUGUGGACAGAUUCUUCAGUUUUAACCGAUUACUUUUGCUACUGAUUGGAUUAUGGCCUUACGAAAGGUCCAAAUAUGUUCAACUGCAAUUUAUCUGCGUUUUUAGUUUUUUAAUAUCUUCUAUUAUAUUUCAGCUCACAACAUUUUUGACUUCAAAAUGUACUCCAGAAUUUAUCAUAAAGAUUCUAUCUUCAGUACUCGUUUUUAGUGCUAGUGUCGUAGAAUAUAAUGCCUUUUAUGUUAAUAGUACAGCGGUAAAAUAUUUAAUGGAACAAGUUCAGUGUAUGUAUAAGGAUUUAACAGACACUAACGAAAUUGCAAUCGUGGAAAGAUAUGGAAGUAACGCAAAGUAUUAUGUAACUAGACUUGCAAUGGUUUUCUUUUCUGGCGCAUUUCUUUUUGUGGCUGUUCAAUUGUUGCCAGAGUUUAGAUACUUUAUAUUAUCUGGAAACGUAUCUCGAACACGUCAUCUGCAGAUCUCUACUGAAUAUUUUAUCGAUCAAGAAAGAUAUUUCUACUUAGUAUUUUUCCAUAUAAAUGGAACUAUAAUCUUAGGAUGUGUCGUAAUCACAGCGACAGGAUUAACGCUCAUUACAUACCUUCAACAUGCCUGCGGAAUGUUUAGAAUUGCUAGUUAUCGUAUCGACAGAGCAAUACAAAAUUAUAUAUCAAAAAAUGUUAAACUGCAGAAUGAGAUUCUAGCUCAUAAAGGCAUAAUUCGUGCUGUAAAUAUUCAUCGACAAGCUAUAACUUACUCCACCUAUCUAAUAUCCAAAUUUGAGAUAUCAUUCAUGUUUUUAAUCGCAGUCGGUGUUAUGAGUACAAGCUUAAACAUUUAUCGAGUCUUUCAAGUUGCAUUAUUGGGAUAUAAUAUUGAAGAAUUGUUUAUUAGUCUUGUAUUUGCAACUUUGUGUUUUGUAUAUAUGUUUGUGGCUAAUUUUGUCGGACAACAAAUUAUAGAUCAUAAUAACCACGUAUAUGCCACUGCAUACAAAGUCCAAUGGUAUGUAACUCCUUUACACAUACAAAGAUUGAUACUGUUAAUAUUGCAAAGAGGUAAUAAGAAUUUUGGCUUGUCUGUCGGCGGAUUGUUCACAGCAUCUAUAGAAUGUUUUGCCACGCUAACCAAUGCAUCUAUAUCUUAUUUUACUAUCAUGUAUUCAAUGCGAUAA